AUGGCUUCUGUGCGGCCACCGAGGCCUUGUACAUUACAUAUUUUUAUCGUGGAUGUGCAGUUGGAGUUGCAAUUUGAAGACAGGGCAGUGCAGUUCACAGUGGCUCCUGUACAUGCAGCAAUUAUUAUGAAAUUUCAAGAGCAAACAAGUUGGACCUCUAAAAGUCUUGCAGCCUCUAUUGGGAUACCUGUAGACGUACUCAAUCGGAGGAUAAAUUUUUGGAUAAGCAAGGGAAUCCUUGCAGAAUCACUUGGAGCAGACUCUAGUGACCAUGUGUUUACCCUGAUGGAAGGCAUGAUUGAAGCUAGUAAGAAUAGUGGAAAUAGUGGGAGUUUCGAGGACCUUGUAGAAGGUGAUGAGGACGGAGAAAGGUCUGUCGUCUCUGCCGAAGAUCAACUACGGAGGGAAAUGAUUGUCUAUGAGAUCCUAACUGUCUCUCAUAUAAAUUUGGAAGUACUCAGACAUUAG